GACAUGCAUUAGUGUUCAUAAGCCCCGCGGAGUGGUGCAUGUUGUUUUCUAAAGUCUUACUUUAGUAUAAAAAAUAAAAAAUAAAAAAGAAGAAGCAAAGAUUUGCUGUCCACCCACCGGAUUACCUCGUGUAACAGGUGGGGAUACACGAGUCCAAAUGUACGGAUUUAUUAACACGUGUUUGAAGUCUUUGGUUAUUGAAAAAUUCGGAGAGGAGACGUGGGAAAAACUCAGAACAGAGGCAGGGGUUCAGGACACCUUCAUGACAUUUGAGGUCUACGGAGAUGACAUCACCAUGCGACUGGUGGCAGAGGCUUGCAAGCUGCUGGAUGUCGAGCCAGAAGUGGUGCUAAGACAGUUUGGGGAAUACUUCUUUGAGUUCUGCAAACAAUCCGGGUACGACCACAUGCUGAGGACGCUGGGAGGGAACCUGUAUGAGUUUAUAGAGAACCUGGACGCAUUACACAGCUACCUCUCCCUGUCCUACAAGGAGAUGAACGCACCUUCGUUCCGUGUGGAGAAGAGCAGCGAUGGCAGCAUGGUCCUGCACUACUACUCUAUUCGACGCGGCCUCUGCCACAUCGUCCCCGGUAUUAUUGGGGCUGUUGCAAAAGACUUCUUCAGAAUCCAGAUAAAAAUGGAAAUUGUUAACCAAAUGGAAGAAGCAGGCUGGACAGGGAAGAAGGAACAUAUAGUGUUCCUCGUGACUCAGGAGCCAGUCUUUUCAAACAAGGCGCGCAGCAAUAGCAAAAACUCACAGACAAAGCCACGCAUGUCCAGUACUCCAGUCAAGGCAAAGCUCACAAACAAACAGGCAGGAGCAGAGUGUGCGGAGGGGAACGGGCUGACUGCAAGGUGUCCCGCACACAGGUGGCCCACGCGGAGCAGCCCCUGGGAGAUGGUGCGGGGAUUGGUCCAUCUGGGAAAGGGGAAACUCCUGAGGGGCUUUGAGCCUGUUUACCCAGAAGCCCUGUGCAUCGAUCUGAAGACAUUCUGCAACUCCUUCCCCUUCCACGUCGUCUUCGAUCAGGAACUGCGGGUCAGACAGGCAGGGGUGAACAUUCAGAAGAUCGUCCCCGGCCUGCAGACCAUGCGGAUCCGUCUGGACCAGUACUUCAGCAUCGUGCACCCCGAGGUCCCCUUCACCAUCCCCAGCAUCCGCAUGUUCAUCAACAGCCAUUUUGUGCUGCGGACCCGCAGAGACACCAUGCCCCAGGACUGGAGAGACCGGCCCAUGCUGGAGCUGCGAGGGCAGAUGGUGUGGAUGGACACGCUGCAGUGCAUGCUGUACCAGGCCUCUCCUCUGCUGCGCAGCCUGCAGGAGCUGCAGGAGAGGCACAUGCACAUUUCAGACAUCGCCCCGCAUGAUGUCACGCGUGACCUCAUCCUGCUCAACCAGCAGCGGCUGGCUGAGAUGGAGCUGUCCAAUCAGCUGGAGCGCAAGAAGGAGGAGCUGCGGCACCUGUCCCAGCACCUGGAGCAGGAGAAGCAGAAGACCGAAACGCUGCUGUAUGCCAUGCUGCCCAAACACGUGGCCAACCAGCUGAAGGAGGGCAAGAGGGUGGAGGCAGGAGAGUUUAAGGAGUGCACUAUUCUCUUCAGUGAUGUGGUGACGUUCACCAACAUCUGCUCUGAAUGCGAGCCCAUCCAGAUUGUCUUCAUGCUCAACUCCAUGUACCUGAAGUUUGACCGCCUCACCACUGUGCACAAUGUCUACAAGGUGGAGACCAUCGGCGACGCCUACAUGGUGGUGGGCGGAGUUCCCAUCCCUGUUGCCAGCCAUGCAGAGAGAGUGGCCAACUUCUCCCUGGGCAUGAUCAUCGCUGCCCGGGAGGUCACCAACCCAAUAACAGGGCAGCCCAUACAGAUCCGGGUUGGAUUGCAUUCUGGGCCGGUGUUGGCAGGGGUUGUGGGGGAGAAGAUGCCGCGGUACUGUCUGUUUGGAGACACGGUGAACACGGCAUCCCGCAUGGAGAGCCAUGGCUUGCCCAAUAAGAUCCACCUCAGCCCCAGUGUCUACCAGGCUCUGAAAGAUAAGGGCUUCCGGCUGCAGGUUCGAGGGGAGAUUGAAGUGAAGGGGAAGGGGAAGAUGCUCACCUACUUCCUGGAAGGAAACCUGAGAGCCACAGAGGAGCAGAUCAUGGGCUGGUCUGGCAGGGAGCUGGACCCUGGGCCUGAGUCCGUCCGAUCGCCCCCCACUAAUAGUGCUCACAGGACCCUCUGCAAGCACAGGGCUCCAGCAGCCAUAGACUCUGCCCUGCCCAUGAAGUAUGGAGACAGCCUGACGGGGACACACCCCACCAGCCUGCAGGCUGAACCCCAACAUCCUGCCCAGAGUCUGUACCCCACCAGCCAGCAGCCUGAGCCCCAACAUCCGACCCAGAGUCUGUCAGGUAAGACACGGGACUCAGAGAGCUACGGGAGUCUCCAUAGUGACGACCCAUCGGUGGAGAACCCGUCAGAGGAGAACCCAUCAGAGAAGAACCUGUCAGAGAAGAACCCAUCAGAGGAGAACCCCAGGCACCUGGAAGGAGGGACCCCUUCCCUGGCCAGAGCCAGAGAGCCGUCUGCUGCUGGAAACAAGCCCACCAGGACCAGGCUGUGUGUGCUGCUGUGA